AUGGCAGAUAUCGAGUAUCUGAAAAGCCUGCAGGCUGUGCGUGAGCGCGCAAGCCUAGUCUUGAAGGCUGCCGAGCAAGACGAACUAACCCACUUUUCAUAUCACCCUGAUAAGAUGGGUGAAGUUGCAGAAUACGUGACUAGCAUUAUUGUUAGAGACUUCGCCACGAACUUUGACGCCAUCCCUCCCCAUGGCCGGUGGCAGCAUUUCGAUAUUGGUGGGGUCCCUCGAGUGGAUCAACUCAUCAAGUCGUGGCAGGAAGGAGGGUAUGAUAAAAUUGAGAUCACGCGUCGACUCAUUGAUCUCUUUUUCGUUGCCGUCCUACUGGAUGCCGGAGCGGGUGAUGUUUGGAAAUUUACCGAGCCCGGAACGGGUGAUGCAUACGGACGGAGUGAAGGAAUUGCCGUCGCUGCACUGUAUAUGUUCAAGGCUGGCUCUUUCGCGUCAGGAGGCGAUAAAGAAGUGGUCGAUGGUCAGGGCCUUGCUACUCUCAAUGUUGAUACCUUUCGAAAGUACUUCCAGAUCACUGCUGAAAAUGAGAUCAUCGGAGAUGUUUCACGCGUCAGUCUGCUGAACAGUGUUGGCAAGUCAUUCUUGAGUCUGCCCGAAAUCUUUGGUAAAGGUGGUCGACCUGGAAACCUUGUUGAUUACCUACUUGCGCAGCAGAAUGGUAACGAGCUGGAAUACGAGGUAUUGUGGAACGUGCUUCAAAAAACCCUGCUGCCCGCGUGGCCCAAGAACCGUACCCAGGUGGAAGGUGUCCCCAUUGGCGAUGCCUGGCCCCUAGAGGUUCUUGCAAAACUGAAUAAGGGACAAAGUGAAAGCAGCACGGCGCACAUCCAGCCAUUCCACAAGCUAACGCAAUGGCUUGCGUAUUCUCUAUCCGUACCUUUCAUCCGAGUCCUGGGACUUGAGUGGAAAAAUCUCAGCUUAGGGACGGGACUUCCAGAAUAUCGCAAUGGUGGCCUAUUUGUGGAUAUGGGAGUUCUUCAGCUCAAGGAAACCGUUCUCGCACAAGGCCGUGCGAACUCUCAGCAGGAUACCCCAAGCUUUGACGCUACCAGCGACGUUAUUGUCGAAUGGCGAGCCAUGACUGUGGCUUUGCUCGACAAGCUAUUUGAGACUAUUCGAGAUCAAUUUGCUCAGAACGGUGUCAAAUUGAAUAUGGCACAGAUGCUUGAGGCUGGUACUUGGAAAGGAGGUCGGGAACUUGCUGCAAAGUAUCGCUCUUCGACCAAAUCCAGUCCUAUCGUCAUUCAGGGCGAUGGAACCUUAUUCUAG